AGAAGCAGACAACGGAAGAACAAAGUUCUACGCUCAUGCCAUGGAACUUGCCACUCUUUGUAGACAUUUGUUUACAAUAAUACAACAGGGGUAGUAGCCUCUGGAUUUUGUUGCUAUUUGUGAAUGUUAAAUUUAGUGAGAUGUUUAGUCACGAAAUCUUCCAGACACAAAUGUCUGGUGUUAUGGCGGCUGUAGUAGAAGCGGCGGUCUCGGAGCUGAGCCGACUUCUGGACGAGUGCGCGACAAUGACCUCGAAACGUUGUUCAAGUCCAACUUCACAUAAUAUGAUUGUUAUUAAAGCCGAGAACGGAAUUACGGAGGAAGGGACGCAGUUCAUCAACCCAUUGACGAGAAAAUUUGCAUCCCUCAUGGAAACAUGGACCAAAGAAGCAGUGGAGAAAAUAGCAGCAAUGUUAAGAAUGUCCCUGGCAGAAGAUGGUCUUCUCGAGAAGAAGACUCUACCCAGGAGAGCUAAAUCAAAAACAGCUGGUGGCCCCACAAAGCAAUUGCCAUUCAGAAGAACGUCUGGCCGUAUGAGAAAAAAGAGAGCUGACUCAGAUUUGGCAGAAAGACACAAAGAUGUUGACCAAGGUGAUCAUGUGAUACCAGAGGAUGGCACCGCUGCACCACAGCCUCUACCUGACAUGACACCGCCCCAGGUGGUGUCACCACAUCGGCAUGCUGCAUCACCGCACAGCCAGGCGAUGUCACCGCCAACGGGGGUCCCGGGACUCAGCGCCAACGAGGAAGGGGACGAGGAGGAGGAGGAGGAGGAGGAGGAGGCAACGGCAGCAGCGCUGGGGGACGUCGACGACGACCCGCUCCCCGCUGACCCCGCGACCCCCUCUUCCACCCCGGACCCCACCAGGGGCAAGCAGUCCAAGAGGAGCCGUCCGGAUCCCAUCCAGUGCCCCCUGUGCCGAAAGACGUUCGCCGUCAAGUGCUGGUUCGAGCGGCACUUUGUCACCCACUCCAAACCCCACGUCUGCUCGCUGUGCGGCAAGCGCUUCUCCCGGGCCCAGGGGCUGGAGACGCACGCCUUGAGGCACACGGGCGCCGCCAAGAAGCUGUUCAAGUGCGACGAGUGCGACACCGAGUUCGCCUACAAGAGCACCUACAACCGGCACAUGCGGCGGCACGCCGUCCUGGCGGCGCACAUGCUCACGUGCGCCUUCUGCGAGGGGCGCUUCGCCGGCGCGCUCUCCCUGCAGAGGCACGCGUGCGCGGCGGUGGCCAAGGCCUUCCUGUGCGCGCUCUGCCCCGGCGACGGCCCCUUCGCCAGCGGGCGGGCGCUGACGGAGCACGAGGACGCGCUGCACGGGGCCGCGGCGCGGGACUUUGUGUGCGAGGUCUGCGGCAAGAGCUACGUGUCGGCGGCGUCGCUGUGCACCCACCGGGUGGCCCACCUGCUGGGGCAGCGGGGCGGGGAGGGGCAGGGCCAGGAGGUGACCAUGGAGGCGUGCUGCAUUCAGCUGGGCCUGGGCUGCAGCGACGCGGGCGCGCUGCAGGAGCACCUGCGCCGGAAGCACACAACAACAACGGCGGCGGCGGCGGCGACGGAGUUUGUGUGCGAGGUGUGCGGCAAGGGCUGCAGCCACCGCAGCGGGCUGAAGCACCACAUGCUGACGCACACGGGCGAGCGGGAGUUUGUGUGCGAGACGUGCGGCAAGCGGUGCAGCCACGCCAGCGCGCUGCAGAACCACAUGCGGGUGCACACGGGGCAGAAGGGCGGCAGGAAGCCGGUGUGCGACCUGUGCGGCAAGCAGCUGAGCAGCAUGGCCAAGCUGCGCUACCACAUGAGCGUGCACCGGGACGAACGGCCGUACCCGUGCGAGCAGUGCGGCAAGAGGUUCCGCAACCCCAGCAACCUGCGGAAGCACGUGAUCUCGCACACGGGCGCCAAGCCGUACGGCUGCGCCAUCUGCGGCCAGCGGUUCAAGGGCGCGCUGAGCCUGAAGCUCCACGGGAAGAAGCACACGGGGGAGAGGCCCUUCAGCUGCGGCCAGUAGACGCAGCGCUGGGGACGCGGGGUCGGGGAGGCACGAGGCGGGGACGGCGGACGACGCCCGAGAAGAUGAGCCGAAGAGGACGUUGGAGAGUGUUAAGCCCUCUGAAAAGGGAGUGUGGAUUUCGGUUCGUAUUUGUAAAUGCGACCCGCAAAUGAAAUAGCGUGGGGCUGUUUUUUUUCCCCCUGCCUUCUAAAGAACCCACGAUUAUUUUGGACAGGAAGAUUCAACACAUUCAAAUGUGUUCAUUGACAGGAUCAGAAUUCAUGAUUCUUCCAACAGUUGGAUGAAAGUUACAUUGGAAUAUACAGUAUAUAUAUAUUUUCUUUUGUUAUGAAGUAACUAUCAUUGACACAAAUUUGUAAAUGUACAUUGAAUGAAUCUAUUUGUGAUUGUGUUAAUCAAGCCACAAAGGCCCAAGGGAGUCUGGUAGUAUUGACGUCGCAAAUGGAGGGAUUCUUCAAAUUAGGCAUAUUCCGAUGUUUCUAUCACAGCAGCCGUAAAUUUAGUGAGAAUAUCUGUGCCUUGAAUUACUUGUGUUAUUUUUUGUGAAGAAACACCAAAAUGAGACAUAUCGGGUGUAACUGCACAAAAAUGUGUAGGUUGCAUUGUAAUUGUAUAUUUUUCUACAUACUUUAUAUCUUAUUGAGGGGUUAUUGUGAUUAAAAAUUAAUCCCUGAUGACUUGUCCGUAUAUGCCCAAAGGUUUGUAUGAUGUUUUUUCCUCACAACAUUGCCCCAGGCUAUAAUAAACAUUGAUUUACAGCCAACCAUUAUUUGUUUAUUAAACGCGAUCCAAAACAGUCACAUACAAUCUAUUGAUAUAUUUAUUGAUAUACUGUAUGUUUAUAUAACAGACAUAAAUAUUUGUUCAGUAUGUUCUGUUGUGUGUUUGUGGGAAUCCACCAUAGAAUUCAUGCAGAGCCUAACCUUGUGAGGAGUAGUUUUAAUAAACAUAAUGGCAUGUUUUAAAGCACACAGGCCUAAUGUAUUAAGACAAAUACCUGCUUUUGUUGGGUUUCUCUCAUUCUAAACAGUAGCAUACAAAAUGCAAUACAUUUCUUUCCACAUGCCCUAUAGACAUAGUCUAUAAUAUAGUUUUAUAAUACAAAGAUUCAUAUUACUGAGGUAAUGGUUUGGCCAUCGG